AUGGAAUAUCCAAACACCCAGCAGCGCCUGCUGCACACGGGCUCCUUCACCGGCCUCCGGCCAAUGGAGAACCUGCACAGCUACUUUAAGCCCAAGUCGCAUCCCUUCUGCGCCGAUCCCGAGGGCUGGGGUCCUCUCAGCCCUAUUCGUUAUGACUUCACUCCCUGCUUCAUUGAUGUUUGGAUUGGCUCCGUCGCCGUCUUCGGUCUCCUCUUUGGUCCUCUUGCUAUCUGGUAUCUCCGGGGCAAGAACGACAACAAGACGCCCAAGGAUGUUGGCUACUGGCUUAAGCAGACCCUCUUCGGAGUCCUUACCGCAUCCGUUCUCGUUCAGCUGCUCUUCCAGGUCAUGGAGGCCAAGCAUGCCGACUUUCGCAUCGCCAUCACCUUGCUGCUACUCGCUUCCUUUGCCGUCAUCUUCUAUAUCCAGCACGUUGAGCACACCAGAAUUAGACACGCCAACGGUGUCGUCCUUUUCUACUGGCUCCUGCUCAUGAUUGCGCAGAGCGUCAAGCUCCGUUCGCUCAUCUCCCAGCAGCUUUACGCCCACGACAAGCCGUACUUUAUUUCCUACUGUGUCGGUUUUGGUCUCUCCGCCGCCGAGUUCGGUGUCGAGUGGCUGUGGCCUCGCUUCGGCACCCCCAGUGACUACCAGGCAAUCGCCGACGAGGACGAGUGCCCUGUCGAAUAUGCGACCGUCUUCUCCAAGCUCACCUUCUCGUGGAUGACCCCCAUGAUGCGAUUCGGCUACAAGAACUUCCUCACCGAAGACGAUCUCUGGGCUCUGGCCAAGGCUGACAAGACCAGCACUACUGGCGAGGGCUUCAGCAAUGCCUGGGAGCAUGAGAUGAAGAAUAGACCCAAGUCGCCCUCCUUGUGGCUUGCCCUCUUCCGCGCCUAUGGUGGUCCUUAUGCCGUCGCAGCCAUUUUCAAAAUUGGAAAUGACAUGUCGCAGUACAUCCAGCCCCAGUUGCUUCGUCUGCUUCUCAGAUGGGUGCAGUCCUACGAGACCGAUUCUCCCCAACCCGUCAUCAAGGGCGCUGCUCUCGCAUUGGCCAUGUUUGCCUGCGCCAUCUUCCAGACCACAAUGGUGCACCAGUACUUCCAGCUCGCUUUCGAGACUGGUAUGCGCAUCAAGGGUGGCCUCGGCUCCAGCAUCUAUCGGAAGGCGCUUCGACUCUCCAAUGAGGGUCGCGCUACCAAGUCUACCGGCGACAUUGUCAACUACAUGGCUGUCGACGCUCAGCGUCUGCAGGACCUGACCCAGUUUGCUCAGCAGGCUUGGUCUGCCCCCUUCCAAAUCGUUAUUUGCAUGGUAUCCCUCUACAGUCUCGUCGGAUGGUCCAUGCUGGCUGGCAUUGCUGUCAUGAUCAUCAUGAUGCCUAUCCAGGGCUUUGUCGCAAGACUCAUGAAGAAGCUUCAGAAGGAACAGAUGAAGAACAAGGAUGCCAGAAGCCGUCUCAUCAACGAAAUCAUCACCAACAUGAAGAGCAUCAAGCUCUACUCUUGGGGCUCUGCCUUUAUGAACAAGCUCAACUUUGUCCGAAAUGAGCAGGAGCUAAAGAACCUCCGCAAGAUUGGUGCCACCCAGGCCGUCGCCAACUUUACCUGGAACACUGCUCCUUUCUUCGUCUCUUGCUCAACUUUUACCAUCUUCGUCCUCACCCAAAACAAGCCUCUGACGACGGACAUUGUCUUCCCCGCUCUUGCUCUCUUCAAUCUGCUUUCGUUCCCCCUGGCCGUCCUGCCCAUGGUCAUCACCUCCAUUGUUGAAGCCUCCGUCGCUGUUGGCCGUCUCACAGACUUCUUCAACGCCGAGGAGAUUCAGCCUGAUGCCAUCACGGUUGGUCCUGCUCCUACCAAGCUCGGUGAAGAGUCUGUCAUCAUCCGCGAUGGUACCUUUUCUUGGAACCGCCAUGAGGAUAAAAAGGCUCUCAAGAACAUCAACUACACUGCUUACAAGGGCGAGCUCUCUUGCGUUGUUGGCCGUGUCGGUGCCGGCAAAUCCUCCUUCCUCCAGAGUGUCCUUGGUGAUCUCUGGAAGGUCGCAGGCCAUGCAGAGGUUCGCGGUAUGGUUGCCUAUGCGUCUCAGCAAACCUGGGUGCUCAACGCCACCGUCAAGGAAAACAUUGUCUUUGGGUACCGCUACGACUCUGAGUUUUAUGAAAAGACCGUCAAGGCCUGUGCUCUUCUGGAUGACUUUGCCCAGCUGCCCGAUGGCGACGAGACUGUUGUCGGUGAGCGCGGUAUCUCCCUGAGUGGAGGACAGAAGGCCCGUGUUUCCCUGGCCCGGGCUGUCUACGCUCGUGCUGACAUUUACCUCCUGGACGAUGUUCUGUCUGCUGUUGACUCUCAUGUCGGCCGACACAUCAUUGACAAUGUUCUUGGCCCCCGUGGCUUGCUCGCUUCGAAGACCCGCAUUCUCGCUACCAACUCCAUCCCUGUCUUGCGUCAGGCAAGCUACAUCACCCUCCUCCGCGACGGUGAGAUUGCUGAACGUGGCUCUUACAAUGAGUUAGUCGCCAAGAAGGGUCUCGUUGCUGACCUGCUACGUACUGCAUCGCAGGAAUCUGGCCAUGCUUCUGGAUCCUCCACGCCGCCUUCGAGCGAAUCCACCAUUGUUGACGCCGAGAGCAGCCAAGACAAGGAGGAGCUGGAGGAGGCUCAGGAGAACGUUCCUGAAAUGGCACCCAUUAAGCCUCCCAAGAUGGGACUCUCUGUCACUGACAAGGGUCGCUCCAGCAGCAUGGCUACCUUGCGCCGUGCCAGCACGGCUUCCUUCCGGGGACCUCGCGGCAAGCUCACUGAUGAGGAGAUGAACCCGAGUCGUCGCACUCAGCAGAAGAAGGAGUUUGUCGAGCAAGGCAAGGUCAAGUGGUCCGUCUACGGAGAAUACGCCAAGGAAAACAAUGCAAUUGCAGUCUUUGUCUACAUCACUGCCCUGCUUGCCGCUCAGACUGCCAACAUUGGUGCUGCUUUCUGGCUGCAGCAUUGGGCUGACCAAAACCGUGACAAGGGCACCAACGAAAACGUUGGCGCAUACAUUGGCAUCUACUUUGCGAUUGGUAUUUCGUCUUCUGCUCUUACUGUCAUCCAAACCCUCGUUCUCUGGAUCUUCUGCUCUAUUGAAGCCUCCCGCAAGCUGCACGAGCGCAUGGCCAACGCCAUCUUCCGCUCCCCCAUGUCCUUUUUCGACACGACUCCCACUGGACGAAUCCUCAACCGAUUCUCUAGCGACAUUUACAAGGUCGACGAGAUCCUUGCCCGUGUCUUCAACAUGCUGUUCAACAAUGUUGCGCGAUCUGGCUUCACCAUCUUGGUUAUUUCGUACACGACGCCUCCAUUCACCGCAUUCAUCAUUCCUCUGGGUCUGGCCUACUACUUUAUCCAGCGCUACUACCUCCGCACCUCGCGUGAGCUGAAGCGUCUCGACAGCGUCAGCCGCAGCCCCGUCUAUGCUCAUUUCCAGGAGUCUCUUGGUGGCCUCACCACCAUCCGUGCUUACCGCCAGCAGGAGCGCUUCCGUCUCGAGAACGAGUGGCGUCUUGAUGCCAACCUCAGGGCCUACUUCCCCUCCAUCAGCGCCAACAGAUGGCUUGCUGUACGCCUCGAGGUCAUGGGCGCCAUUGUCAUCUUGGCCGCUGCCGGCCUGGCCAUUAUUGCUGUUGCCAGCGGCUCUGGUCUCGGAGACGGCCCCAUUGGUCUCUCGCUGUCCCAGGCCCUGCAAAUCACCACCUCUCUCAACUGGAUCGUGCGACAGACUGUCGAAGUCGAGACCAACAUCGUCUCGGUCGAGCGUGUCCUCGAGUACGCCGCCCUGCCCAGCGAGGCCCCCGAGGUGAUUGCCAACCACCGGCCGCCUGUGGCCUGGCCUGCCAAGGGCGAGGUUGAGUUCAAGAACUACAGCACUCGCUACCGCGAGGGGCUCGAUCUCGUGCUCAAGAACAUCAACCUGGACAUCAAGUCGCAUGAGAAGAUUGGUGUUGUAGGUCGCACAGGAGCGGGCAAGUCGUCACUUACACUUGCGCUGUUCCGUCUGAUUGAGCCUGCGACUGGCAACAUUGGUAUUGACAACCUGAACACAUCAUCUAUCGGUCUGCUGGAUCUGCGCCGAAGACUUGCCAUUAUCCCGCAGGAUGCCGCUCUGUUUGAGGGCACCGUGCGUGAUAACUUGGACCCGGGACAUGUUCACGAUGAUACGGAGUUGUGGAGCGUUCUCGAUCAUGCUCGCCUCAAGGAUCACAUCAAGACUAUGGACGGUGGCCUGGAAGCCAAGAUUACUGAAGGAGGAUCGAACCUCUCUCAGGGACAACGCCAGCUGGUGUCGCUCGCGCGCGCCAUGCUGACGCCGUCCAACAUCCUGGUGCUCGACGAGGCGACGGCCGCCGUCGACGUGGAGACGGACGCGAUGCUGCAGACGACGCUGCGGUCGCCGCUCUUCUCCAACCGCACCAUCAUCACCGUCGCGCACCGCCUCAACACGAUUGUGGACAGCGACCGCGUCAUCGUCCUCGACAAGGGCGAGGUGGUUGAGUUUGACACGCCUGCAGCCCUGUACAAGAAGCAGGGCCAUUUCUACAACCUGAUGAAGCAGGCGGGUCUCGAGGUGGAGUGA